UCACAGCGAGAGGUGCACGGGGUAGACGAACACGACAGACGUGAGCCGAGUGAGAGCGGUCGCCAGCCGGGUGACGAGGUCGAGGGGGAUGCGCUGCCAGAUGGGUCCCGCCUCGCUGUCCUUCGCACUGAUGACCAGCCGCGUGUGGUCUGGCGCUGCGCGCUCCCAGAUGUGCCGCGACAGCUGAACCAGCACGUGGAGGGGCAGAAACACCGCGAUGCAGUCAAGGAGGCCAGGCUGCACACAUCACACACAGAUGGAGAGAGGAUGGAGCAGAGACACGCCAAUGGGUCAACCAUUCACAGAGGCUGCGGCCGGUCGUGUCGAGGUCUCACCGUGUCUGUGAUUGUGUCGACCAGUCCAUUGUUGAUGUGGCGACGCGGAGAACGUUCUGGUUGUGCUGAUUCAUGGGCGGCUGCAGAAACUGACUCCGGUGCGGCUGGAAGAGAGCCGAGAAGAUGGGCGGGCUGAGGCCUUCUCGGUCGAGCAAUUGGCUUGGCGCUCGCCUGAUGGAGGCACAUGCAGACAAACAGCAACAGAACAAACAUAACACACCUCACGAUGCCAUUUUCAUGACCUGCCGCACCUUCAUGGUGCCACCCGAUGCCGCCGGUUUCGUCAGCCCAUCGAUAUCACCCAAACGCGACAGGGAUCGUCGCUCUAUGAAAACUCGUCACAGAACCCUGCUUG